CCACUAUUUUUUUCCCCCUCCCAAGUGUUUAGUAAGUUUUUGUUUUCUGCCGAACUCGCAGUUUGAAUCGUCUCAGUUGAACUGCUGUGCCAGCUGUAGCUCUGUCUAUUUCCAUCUCAUGAGUCACUCAUUCUCAACUUCCAGCAGCAGUUCCAACCCCUCACACUACUCCGCUUCCUGAUACCUGACGUCACGCGGUCACAGCGAGGGGUUGGUGUGUUCUGUACGGCAGCAGUUUCCCUUUAACACAGAGAGAAAGAGCGUCAAGCGGGGAGGAACAAGUCGCCGCGUUUUUUUCCUUCUUUAUUUUUUAAAAAUGGAAGUUUAGGACAAGGGGAAUAUAUCCGCAGGGACACAGCUCUACACCGCGACUGACAAGCAGAGAAACGUUAACCCCAGCCGGCUGAGGAAAAGACAUGGCCAUUAUAACCUGCCGAGUGCAGUAUUUGGAGGACUCGAACCCUUUCGUCUGUACCAACUUCCCGGAGCCACGGAGACCGCCGCCCUAUGAUCUGGACGAAAACAUCGCCUUGAUUGAGCAGAUAGCCGGGGUUCACAAACUCCUCGAGGCACCGCUGAAGUUGGAGGAGUGUGCUCUGCAGAUGGCCCCCAAUGGGAACUACCUGGACCUGGACCUGUCUCUGGGGGAACAGAAAGAUGAUGUGGAACAGCUCUAUGACGACGUGGGUAGAGGGAAGAAGCCCAUUGAUCCUGAGAACUCAGCUAUCUGUCAGAGUCCAUUUGACUCCAUUCUAGAAGCUUCCAUUGGUCUCUAUGAGAUGUAA